GCUACAGGAAUCCCCAGGACACGCAACUCGGAUCCCGGCUACAGUCAUUUAAGGGCAUUUCCACCGCAGCCCCCACCCGCGGUCCCUCUGGGCCAGGACGUGGUUUAACGUCGCAAGGAGCGACGGCAUCCCGGCACCACCGCCACGGCCCCAGCAGGAACCGAAAGCCGCCCCCCCCCCGCCGAGCCCAGCCCCGGGAGACAGGCGGGGUGUCGCCCCGGUUGGGGGGGGGGGGGGAGGGGGGGUGCCGGGCCCCGCCCCGCCCCGUCCUCGGCAUCGGGUAAACGAAACCGCAACCGGGCGCCCGCCUCCCCCCGCCGCCUCCCCCCGCCGCCCGAGCCCGAGCCCGCCGGGAUGGAGCGGCCGCUCUCGCUCGGACCCCGGCUGCCGCCCUACGAGCCGCUGGCCGAGGGGAUGGACUUGGAGCGGCUGGACGCGGAGGGGCUGCCGCGGAGCACCGUCGUGUCGGUGGAGCCGCCGCCGCCGCCCCCUCCCCGCGACCACCUCGCCUGGUCCCUCUGCACGAUGCUCUACGCCAACGUCUGCUGCCUGGGCCUCAUGGCUCUCGUCUUCUCCGUGAAGUCCAGGGACCGCAAAGUCCUCGGUGACUCCAGCGGGGCACGCAGCUACGGCUCCACUGCCAAGUACCUGAACAUCACCGCCCAGCUGCUCAACAUCUUCCUCAUCGCCCUCGUCAUCACCAUCAUCGCCCUGAUCGCUAGCGGCACCAUCAACACGGUCAGACUCUUCAACCACGAGCCAGAGCAUCACUCCUUCCUUGGUCCCACUUAGCCCUCCCCUUGCUCCGCGGGCAGACCAUCCCCCCUACAUCUGCUAGGGAGCCCCUGUCACCCCUUGGAGCUGGUGGGCGAUGUCCUCCAUAUGGCCCCCCAGAGCCCGCUGGGGUCCUGCCCUGCUUUCCUCACUGCUCAAAGCCCCUGAGAAGCCUUCUCUGAUGGCCAGCGUCGUUGAUCUUCCUGGAAGAGCCUGGAGACACCUCUCUGCUGGCAGGAGCCGAGCACCCAAAAACUGGCUGUAGCAAAGGGAAAGAGCGUGCUUCUCUGCUUGCUGCUUCACUCUGAUUUUGUAGCCCCAAGUGCCACUAAGGAGCAGUGCCUCGUUAGAGGAAACAAGGUUCAAAUAAAGGUUUCUUUCACUUUU